AUGGCUUACCCGCAGCUAGGAUAUCCCUACUCACCUACACACCAGGUAAGGCGUCUUUUACUAAGUUAGAAGAAACUUGAAAUAAAUUGUGGUGAAAGAAAACAUUGUUUGUUUCUGUACUUUAUAGGCUAGUGUCUCUGGUUUUGCACAUACAUCAGAUAGCCUACUUUUUUGUUUGUUUUACAAAAUAACUGUAAUUUAUUGAUAGCAUUUUUCGUUUUGGCUAUAUUUUUCCUGAAGAAUGUUUUCUUGUUUUCGGGCCAGUUCCUCAUGAGCACGAGCUCUUUGGCCAACUGCUUCGAGCCUGGCGGAAGGUCUCUCCUGGACUCAGGUGUGACGCAUCCCUCUCCCCAGCCUCUUCGGUGCCCAGUGUACGAGAGCAGGCUGCUCGGCUCCCCAGGCCAGGAGCUACCAACCCCGGCUAUAGGUCUGGGUGUGUACGGAGCUGGCUAUGGAAAGAGCCAGGGGUACUAUGGCACCUGCGGAGGCGACGCAACAGCUCUAUAUGCCAGGGUAGGUAGGCUUUUCUAUAUUGACUUUCCUUCUAUUUUUUCUUUCUUUCUUAUUUUUUCACUUAAUUGGUUAUGUCAGCUAAAAUAAAAAGGAAAACCCUUUGCCCAAUUCGUGCGCACUGGACUGAUCCAUAUCUGUGGUGUGCAACGUAGAAUAAACAAAAAAUAAUUGACUCCGUUUUUGAAAGGUUUUGUCAAGUUAUGUCAAUGAAAAUAUUUUGAUUUCAUAUUUGCAGGGAACCUUGGAGUCCAAAGAUGGAGCGUCUGCACAUGUGGGGGCCUCUCAAACCCCUGCGUACUAUCCGUAUGAUUACGCAUUUGGGCAGUAUCCAUAUGACCGAUAUGGGUAUGCCUACUAAACAUGUUAUCUGUUUCUAAAUAACUUGUAAUUCUGUUAGAAAACAUAAAAAUAUUAUCAGAAUGUGAGAAAUAGGGAUAAGGCAUGCAUAAUUGAUGCAUAACAUAGUUCCAUUUACACACACAUAUCUCUUGCACAUAUAAUAUGUCAAACACCAAGUACAAGGAGGAAAAAAAUACAAUAUUUGAAAACGAAGCUCCAGCACAUUUUAGAUCCAUUAAACAUAAUGUGAAAAAUGCAAUAUUUGGAAGAGUUUCUCUGUCAAAUUCACCGCUAUUCUGACACCACUCCCCUCACCUCCCUUCUCCCAGGUAUGGGUCAUCAGUGGACAGUGCCGCGGCCCGAAGGAAGAACGCUACCAGGGAGACCACCAGCACUCUGAAGGCCUGGCUGCAGGAGCACCAGAAGAACCCGUACCCAACCAAGGGAGAAAAGAUCAUGCUCGCCAUCAUCACCAAGAUGACACUCACACAGGUAACAACUGGCUCAGUGUUUGCGGACGAAUAUGUUAGUUGGAGCUCUACUGAACUUAUCAUGUGUUACAGUACAUGUAUGAUCGAGGAGCACUAGGCACUGGUUAAUCACAGAAGAAGAUUACAUCCCACAGAAAUGUGUCUUCUGCUUUAUCCUAAACACUCCAAAAGACCCCAAAUACACACACAUUACGAUGCCCCUGGAGCAAUUUUAGGGAUUAAGUGCCUUGCUCAAGGCCACAACAGUAGGCUUGGGAAUUGAUCAAAUAUGUAAUGAUUUAUUAAUGUGUUUGUUCAUUCAGGUGUCCACGUGGUUUGCCAACGCACGGCGGCGGUUGAAGAAGGAGAACAAAGUCACAUGGUCACCACGAGCCAAUAAAAGCUCUGAUGAGAGGGGCUGUGAUGAUGACAGUGAUGGUGUGGAGGGAUCGCAAGAGGAGGAGCCAAUAAAACGCGAGAUAGAUGUUGAUGGUGAGUGCAUGCGUACCAUAGAUUUAUAUCAUUAACUAGACAAACCCAUUAAAAUGCUACCCGCUCUCACAGUCACGUCAGAAUUAGAUGUUCAUCCAUGUUCCUCAAACUUCAAAUUUGGAUUUGAAUUAAGUUUAGGCAUGAACUCUGAAUUUUUAAGGUUAGGGUUAAGUUCAGGGUUAAGUUCAGACAUUAACUCCAAAUUCUUAAGGUUAGGCAUUAACUCUGAAUGGUUAAGGUAAGGGUUAAGGUUUGGGAUAGGCUUAAAACAAAAAUAUCUAAAUCAACUUAUCUAUCGCUGGAUUAAAACAUGCAACCUUUGGAAUCAGAGGCAGAUGCUUACUGUUUCCCCUAGUGGCCGGUUUCCACGUCAUCUCCCGACGUCCUCAGACAUGGAUGGACGUCGAAUACUGACUUGUAUCACGGGUGACCUGGCUGCUAAAAUGGCUUCCCAUUCAUUUAGAUGGAAGUUGCUUUCUAUCCGUGCUGUCAAGUUUGAGAUUGUUAAAACAUCUAUGUAUAUUUUGGUUGUAGAUUCUGUAAUGGGGAGGUGUAUGGACCUACAACAGAGUGACCUUGAGGACUUUGAUCUGCUAGAGUCAGAUGGUUCUGACUGCGACCCUAAACACCAGUUUCACACCAAGGACACCCCAGUACACACACCACCGGACCAACGGCACCACCCCAAAGACCCUUCCAACAGCCCACUCACACAUACCCCAGACACACCCCAACAUGGGAACCAGCGAUUGCCACUGUCAGCAGAUUGCCUCAAACACACACCAGACCAUGACCGAACAACCAACUCAUUCUACACUCAACGGGACCUGCGAAGUACAGAGAGCAGUAAACCUAAAAUCUGGUCCAUCGCACAAACUGCUACAAUCCAACCGGAGUUCCCUCCAUGCAUGCACACAGCCACCCCAAGCGAGUCCCUCUCCCCAGGGGGGUAUCCGACUGAAGUACCCCACCUGAAGGUGAGGGCGGCUGAGCAGCAGGACUCGCCGGUGGCUACCCUCAGAGAUUGGGUGGACGGGGUCUUCCACAACCCACUGUUCAGACAGAGUUCCUUUAAACCUGUGUUGUCCAAGUCAGCCGUGGACAGGGUGUGGAUUGGGUUAAAUGGAUAG